AUGAAAUGACGGAAUAUCGCAACCCUUACCCCGAAAUCCAGAUCGACACCUUGGAGAUAGACUUCAACCAGAACGCAUCGCAAGCGGAGCGGCCAUUGCUUAGCAAUGGUCUGACGUCACUGCCGGAAGUGUGUGAAACAUCCUCCUUCAUCCAAUCAGAUCCUUCGGCUCGCGUGACGUUCAAUGUGGGUGGAGUCGUGUUUCAAACAUCUGAAGCUACAGUGAAGAAAUCAACCAAUGACAGCUUUAAGCUGGCAGAUCCGGAAUUCCUGAACUCCUAUUACGAUGCCAAAAGGAAAGAAUAUUUCUUUGACCGUGACCCGGAAGUGUUCAGAUCCGUUCUCAACUACUGGCGGACUGGAUCUCUUCAUUUGCCUUCCACGAUGUGUGGGCCGCAGAUCAAAGAAGAGCUUGACUUCUGGGGCCUGAAAGAGCUGGAUCUAGAGCCAUGCUGCUGGCACCACUACAACUCGUGGAUGAAGACGAUCGCGUCGCUCCGCCAGCUGGAAAGAGACAAACGUCCCCUCUACCUACAGAACAAGCGGCCGGAGGGAGCGCGAGAGAAGAGCGCGUGCUACGUGAGGCGGGUAGCUAUGUGGAAGCUGCUCACAGACCCGUCCUACUCCAAGCCUGCCAGAGUCUACGCCUACGUGUCUCUCUUCUUCGUGAUCCUCGCCAUCUUCUCCUUCUGUGCGGCCACACACUCCAUAUUUCACAUCGACCAGGACGGCAACGGCAACGGCAACAACAACAACAACAACACCAUCAUCGAAAGCACAUUAUCCUCGCCCCUGACAUCCAUUCUCUCAUCAUCGCCGCUCUCGCCAAACUCCACGACGGCCAACCCAUCCGUUGUGGCUGUCACCAUGACGACAAGGACAGCGUCGCCACGUAACACGACAGAGAAGCCCACGGUGAGAGCGCCCCUCGUCCACCCAGCGUUGUUCUACAUCGACAUCAUCUGUCUGGUUUUCUUUACCGUGGAGUAUUUGUUAAAACUGAUCGUCGCCCCGAAAAGAUGUAAGUUUAUCAUUAGUUUCAACGCCGUGAUCGAUGUGUUGGCCAUUCUGCCGGACUACGUGGAGAUCAUUAUCCAUUCUUUAUAUCCAGAAUCUUCGGGGGAACCGAACAAUUUCGUCCAGACAAUGCCUUUUCUGAGGCUCCUACGAGCUUUCCGAAUCUUUCGUUUAGUUCGCAGAGUGCCCGGGCUGUGGAUAAUGGUGUACACUCUCAAAGCCAGCUUCAAGGAGCUCUCGCUCAUGCUCGUAGUUCUACUUGUCGGAACUCUUCUGUUUUCGUCCGUCAUUUUCUUCGUGGACGACCCCAAAGUCUUCACCAGCAUCCCUCACGGCUUCUGGUGGGCCAUUGUUACCAUGACAACCGUGGGCUACGGCGAUAUGGCCCCGGUGACGAUGUGGGGUCAAGUGGUGGGCUCGUUCACGGCGAUCUGCGGCGUUCUCAUGAUUGGGUUCACGAUCCCGAGUCUGGUGAACAACUUCAUCACGUUCUACCAGCACGUCGACUUCGUGGUGCAGAAAGAGCGGCUCAUGGUGGAGCACCACCGCGAGGAGAUGGCCAGACUCAGGAAGAGGAAGAAGAGCGAGGUGGUCGGGAAGUGGAAAGCUGCCGUUGUGGCUGCCGCGGUAGAUGGCUUGACUGCUGGUGGUGGUGGGGGUGGUGGGGGUCAUAUAGAGGAUAGUUCGGGUCUUGACUUUCCACAUCGCCGGCAGGAGACAAGGCGGGAAUCUCAGCCAGUGGUGCAGUGACGUUGGUGAUGUCUCUGCUUUGGAGCGCCAAAUCAUGGAAGUCAAGAUCAGAAGGAUGGGAAGUUGUACUUGGGCAAGCAGUCUACUUUCUCUAUACGUACCUCCCAGCAUGGUGUCAGUAAUCUAGGGGUUAGGGUUCGGGGGUUUGAGCCUCAGCUCGGUCCGAUUUUGUUGUGUCCUUGGGAAAGGUACGUUUCAUGAACUUCCCAUUUGGCUAAGCCCUUUUGGAGAUGGACGUUGAAAACUUGGAGUUCCUGUCUCUUAAAUAACCUAAUAGUGUUGAUAGGGGCGUAAAAUGUACAACAAUUUCACCAUUUUUC